GCCUAAAUAAACUCGCGUCCCCUACCCUCAAUUCCACAUUCUUGCGAUUAUUUUCUCAAAUCCUUCCUCCAACUCGGCCUUGAGGCCAUCCUCAUAGUCCACCGUUUACGUCUCGAUAACUCCAAGCCGAUCAUCAUGCAAAUACGGUUAUAAAUAAUAAAGAAGUAUAGUAAGGUGAUCGAUGAUCCGCAGUGCGCAGCGGCGAGUUAGUCCAAGUCAGGAUCCAAUGAUCCGAUCUUCGUUUCAAGAUUGGUACCCUGUCAUUGAUAUUCUAGCUCAAAUCCUCAUUCAAUCACACUGAUACAACUUCCCCAUGGGUACUGUGGAUAAUACUUUUGGAGCGUUCUUGAUUGGAGUUGUAAUCUCUGCCGUGCUUUAUGGAGUUACUUGUGUGCAGACAUGGUACUACUUUAGCCGGUAUUUCUCGGAUCCUUGGCACCACAAACUUAUAGUCGGCGCUGUAUUUGUAUCCGACUCAACCCAUCAAGCUUUGAUUACACACGUCGUGUACACGUACCUUGUCACUGACUUUUGUAACGCUAGCGAUCUUGAGAAAAUUGUGUGGAGUUUAUCUGUUGAAAUUCUGUUCAAUGGCUUUACGGGGUUUAUGGUUCAAAGCUUCCUCGCCAAGCGUGUCUACCAUCUGAGCAACAAGAACAUGAUUGCAACCGUAUCAGUGGUGUUCAUUGUCAUCGCUGAACUUGUCAUUGUUGUCAUAUAUGUUAUAAAAGCUGUCGAGUUUACGACCUUCACUGAAGUUCGCCAGAUCAAGCCAUUGUCGAUGUCUGUGAAUGCCGUAGCAGCUGCCGGAGAUAUCCUUAUCACUGUCUUGCUCUGCACAUUCCUCCAACGAUCUCGCACUGGGUUCCGUCGGUCCGAUACCAUGAUCAAUAAGCUCAUGCUGUUCACUAUCAAUACUGGUCUACUUACUAGUGUUUGCGCAAUGAUGUCCUUCAUUUCUAUUGUAGUGUGGCCUGAUACCUUCAUUUACAGCGCAUUCUAUUUCUGCAUGGGACGUCUUUACUGCAAUUCCCUGCUGGCAAUCCUCAACGCACGCAAGGGUAUUCGCCGUGAUGGCGAUGCUUGUAACGAGCAGGUGUCGACAUUGAUAGAGAGAGCCCUGGGACCUAUCAAUAGUCUCAUCGACUCGUCGCAAAUGGUGAGCUCCGCGGAUUUGCACAGUACAUUUCUCAUGUGCAAGCAGGAGAUGCCGAACGACCUUGCAAUUAGGAUAGAUAUCACGCAAGAAUGCAUUGAAGAUAAGGACCUCAAAAGGGCGCAGUCAGUUUAAUUGCUAUACUACGGAUGAGAAUCGCUAAAUGUGCCGGCUCUUACUCGUAGAAGAGUAAGCACGCUGUGCCUUUGACAUUCAUUCGGUGGUAUAUUCUUCACUCAGACUUUGUAUGUAUUUCAUCGAAACACACCCGGCAGUCUUCACUUGUACAUAUUCAAUACAAGCGGUGACCUUCGGCCGUUGCUUUAAAAUUAUUACAAAGGCAGACUUUUGUACACUAUAUUUGCACCAAUUUUCUUCGUCUCCUCUUAAAACUCGACGGCUUUUGACAUGGGACGUAUAGUUGACUAAUGAGUAAAAGGA